AUGCAGCGUCGAGAGCUACGAGAAGUGGUCUCUCUGUUGCAGCGGCUAAACGAUUGCGUAAGUAUUUCAGCACGUCGUAUGUAUACACAACAGGUGACGCUUACUGAGAUGCUACAGUGUUCACUUUCUGACACUCGUCGACUAUUACCCGAGCUCUGCCUCUUUGUGGACUCGCUCCUGCCAAGAACUUUCACUUCAAAUAACAAGAGCAUUGGUGCUCCACCAUCAUCGCUAGUGCGACACGCUUUCCAUCAUCCAGAAGCUCAGUGGUUGAGUCGUAGUGCUCGACAGAGCGGCAUCUCGGCGCUGCUAUGCCAGCAACUGGUGCGACUUGCACGACAGGACAGUGACAAUGGCGUUCAGGAUUACAAUAAAACAAUAUAUUCCUCGGCAGCAGAGCUCAUUAUGCACAUACUGCUUGAUGCAUUGCUGUCACCAUGUGCCCGGAGACUCGGACAAGCUCCUGACGCCUGUAGAUGGAACCCGCUGCAGCACAAACCCAGAUUCCAUGCCAUGACGUGCUUCCCAGUGUGGUCAUCCCUGAUGCCGUUUGCAGCACUGAUUGGAAUUCAAUUCCCGGACGUGUUUCAACAAGUGAUGAAGGAACAUCGAUGCUUGGAAAGAACAAUCCAUCGAGUGAAUUGUGAUUUUGCACUGGUAACAGGCAUCUGGAGACUUGUGGAAGAGUUGGAUCGAGGUGACAAGGAGAAACAGAGAGCGGUGUCGGACGUGAUGGUAAGUUUGCUAAGCUUUGCAAGUGAUAGAAUGCUACUCUGUUGCAAAAAUGCGAAAGACGACAAAAUGUCGGUACACUCGCACCUUGAUGACCAACUACUAGAAAAGUUUUUCACUGGGAUGCAAAAGUUCUCGUUCAAAAGUCGGCGAGCUGAUGAGAUACUCAAGCAGACGAUUUUUGGUACACUACAGGAAGCAUUGGGUCGUACAGCAUGUGGAGCACAGAUCGGAGCUGUGCCACAACGAGUUGUCGUUUUCACAACUGCUGGGUGCAUGCUCGUGAAAGACCUUGCAGUUGAUAUUGUUUCGAUGGUGAUGAAGCAGAUCAAUGAUCUGGAUACGUUAAGCGAGAGAGGUCAACACCCUCUGCUGACGUUUCUUGUGGGUUUCUGUGCUCAUGUCGACUUGGUGCGUCUUCCAUCGGUGCUCGAGGUACUCAAAAUGCUUGUGACAUCGUACAAGGCAGCAGCUCAUCAUGCUGUCAACCCUGAACAUCAGAGACAGCGGCAGCGCGAGCUGGUAUUUUAUAUCGUGUAUGUGACGUUGCUUCGAAGCGAAAGUGUCGACAGCUUACGUCAAGAAGUCAGCUCCGAUGCAGCGGCAAUAUUAGAGCUCUUGAAGCAGUUUCAGAUGCAGCUUUGCAGUGAAAUAGCUUACAAGGACUUCCAAUUCGCUGCCCCUGUGCAUUGGAUGGCUCGGGUUUGGAAACAUUGGGUCUUCCUGUCAGACGAAGAUGUACAAUCCUUUGUGUCCGAAGCUCAAGAAAAUGAUACGGAUACCGAGCAAGAGUUUAAGAAACGAAUGACAACGUGGCAAGCGCGGGAAGCGCUGAUCGCUUUCAAACUGCCGUCAUUUUUGCGGUUUCCGCAGAUGAAAACUUUGGUGAACCCGCACUUGAUAUCUUCACCGCUCGCAGACCUGAAUGAUGAACACGGACUAAUUAUUCGAGGACAAAAGCGUCGGCGGACAGAAAAAAUGUCGACGACGAACAACAAUCCCGAGCAGCUAGAGCGUUCGUUUGAUGUGCUGCUGCUACCGGAUGUAAUGGAACGAGUUUGCUCCUUUAUGAGUGCAAAGCGACUUUGCCGAAUGACCCUCGUGUGCCGAGAUUUUGCAAAGCUAAGCCACAGCGCGUCACUGUGGCGCCAAUUGUAUUUACGAAUCGGGUCUCCUAUCGGUAAGAAGCAAAGCGUUUUACCUGCUUCGCCAGUAGAAUGCCGCCACGGUGACAGCUACAAGCACAACUGGCGUCAAAUGUAUCAGGAGCGGUGGAUAGUGCUGCGAAGACUGCGUCGUAUGCAGCGUCGCGCGAUCGAAGCGGUGCAAUUAAGCGGCGAGGCUUUUUCGUCCAACAACCGCAUCGCGACGUUCAUCCCACAGAUGUGCACGUAUUGCGGCUGCAAUCAGGUAUUUAAAUCUGCAAGCGAACAUAAAGUCCAUGAAGCAAAACACAAGCGAUUUACGUGCACGGAAUUCUCUUGUCAAGCAUCAUUCAUUGGUCUGCACAAGUUUAACCAGCACAUGAAGGAACACGCGACUAAAAGUACCGUCCCGUCAACUACCACUUGUCGUCUCGUAUGUGGCUACAACGGUUGUAAGAAAAGUUAUAUGUCAGCCAAGCGAAUGACUACUCACCGUCAAAAAGCAAAUCACUUCGACAGAAGAAAAGCUUAA